AUGGCUCGCUUGCGACGUCGGAGCCCUGUCAGCGAACGCCCACCCCGCAAACCCGAGGUCGACCGCCGCGAACAGAUCCGGUUACUCCUCGAUCAAGAGGACUCUGGCGAGGAAAAUGAAGGAGCCACAACGCUAGCGCACAUACAACGACAGGCGAUCAGCGUCCCGGGACUGCCGCUGGCCGUGUUCCGUGCGUGGUGGUGGGAGGAGGCUACGGUGGUUGACACGGACACGCACUACUGGGCGCAGAGCGAUGUAGUUAAUCAGCUGGGAGUGGCAGACGCGAAGCGCUUGGAGGAUCUUCUCAGUGUCGAUGCGAAAGAUGGCUGGACGAAGGCCGCCACAUCGCUCGCGAGCACGAUGGGCUGGGGGAAGGAGUUUCCCAAACUGCACGUGUACGCCAUGUUUGGAGACAUGUUCACAAGUAGGAAGUUUAUGGACCGCUUGAGGACGCUGAUUAUCAAGUUGCGGUCGCGGAAGAAAGCGCUGUGGAGGUUGAAGGUCGCGCAGCGAGAGAGGAGGGCGGGGGCCAGGAGGACGCGAAACGUCAAACCGGACAAGGAGUGGGUAGCGAAGGAUGCAGAGACGGCGCUUGAGGGAUUGGACGAGGAGUCCAAGGACGAGGAUGAGGAUGAGGAUGAAGAGCAAGACGAGGAUGAGGAUGAGCAGGAUGAGGAGCAAGACGAGGAUGAGGAUGAGCAGGAUGAUCAGCAAGACGACGAGGAGCAGUUGAGUGCGGGAGAUCACGGGCAAGAAGUUCAUGACGACGACUUGACUGCGGGAGACAGCAGCAAAGCGAAGGAAGAUGACAUUAACGAGGACGGAUCGACUUUGGGAGACCAUGAGAAGGAAAACAACGUCGGCCACUCGACUCUGGGAGAGGACAGUCUGGGAGAGGACAAAGAGGGGGUGGAGGAGAAGGUGGUGGAGGACAAUGAGGUGGUGAAGGAGAACGACGAGGAGGAGGAGGAGGAGGAGGAGGAGGAGGAAGUGUCGCUCUCAAUCGAGAACGGACGUGCUCUCUUACAGACCCCUCCGCAUAUGAGAGACGGAAUCGACAACGACUUGUGGAAUGCAUCAUUCGAGCUGCCGGACCUGGAUCCGGAUUCGGAACCGGAAGCGGCCCGCACUGCCCUCCCUGUCGAGCGUCAGCAUCACCGCUACCGCCACCGCCACCACCCCAAUCCCCACCACCGCCGCCUCCUCACUUACACCACUCGGCCAGCCAUCCGCACUUCACCUCGCCGCACCCCACCAUCACCCAUUUCGUACGCUUCAAAGCUCACCACUCAGACCGCCGUGUUGUGCGAUGGUACUGACAUGGCGCUGCCUCAGAUACGUGCGAAGCCUCCCAACCCCUCCCCCUCGAAGUCUGCCGCUGCGACCACCCCAACGGCCUUCACCCCCACGGACCACCCCAGCGAUCGAAUGUUGCGCAUGAGCAACAAGCGCCAACCGGAUGGCAUGUCGGAGAAUCCCCGUCACGCAAAGCGACGUCUCGCCCAACAACUGCAAGAGGCCCGGCCUGCACCCACUUCCCCGCCACUCCCACACGAGCUCGAAGCGUGGCUCAAUGCCGUCUCGGCUCUGGUAGGUGGUGAUGGGCCCGAAGACGACUUGACAGUCCUAUAUCGUGACCUGGACGACACCGCCGGAAUCUCCUUUGCCAAGCGCACCUGCAUCAUUUAUUCCAACAAAGGCGGAAGAGUCGCUGCUGCAUACGUGGAUUGUCGGAGAAAGGUCCCGGUAUGCAUCACCUAUGUUUUGGACCCCAGCGCGCUCGAUGCAGAAGAGGCUUUCGAACGAGACCUCCCCGAGUACGAUGACGGAGUACCUAAGGCGCUCGAUUUCACACCUACAUGCACCGGAAGCUGGUCACUGGUCGCCGGACUGACAUGCCUUUGCGCACAACGACCCAUUCCCGACGGUACAACCACCUACCCUCCAAUCUGGCAACACGCGCUGAAGAUUUUGGUCGCUCCCAGUGGAGAUGCCGAUCUCGAUACCGACAGCGCUCUGACAUCUGUCGCCGAUGUGUUGCCAUCUAGCGGUUCGGUAGUCUCCCCGGCCUCCGAACCCACCGACCCUCAACCCCGCGGUCGUGUCACGGGCCUACACCUCCGUCGACUUCGCGAACAGACCCAAGCGAUUUGCAAGGCUCUGAGAGAAAAGACUGCUCUGGCGAAUGCCCUCCUCGUCGAUGCUGCUCUCAUCGCUUCCGUCGUUUCCGCCGCACUGGACCGAGUCGGAUCCAACAACGAACCGGACCAAGGCAAGACUUACAGCCAAGAGCGACUGGACUCAUGCAAGUCAUAUCUCGAGUCGCAACGCCGUCUCGCCUCUCAAUGCCCAGAAGACCGGUCUAUCAAAGAUGAGGUCACUCGUCUCGAGCUGCAGCUCAAGCAGCUCGAAGCCCGCCGAGUUCCCAUGCCCCACAACCGCCUCAAGGUAGUGGAGAGGCAUAUGCAACGUCUGGCCGGGUUCAUUGCCGCGCGGAGCUCCGAAGCAGAGCAUCUUCCUUCGCUUCGCCAUUUGCCGGCACAAGGUCCGAAAGGCCAGGUUGUGUCCGUUUUCUUCUACGUCAUCUUUGUCCGGUUUCUCCUGCGCUUUUUGGCACUCGUCGAGCUCGACUCGAACUCGGUCCAUCCAUCAUGCAAUUCUCCUCCGAACCUUAUCCUCACCCCCACGUUAUUCCUCCGCGCCGCCGCGUCUAAAGCCUUCCUGACGCGGUGCCUCGCCGGCGGUGGAACGAUCUAUCAAAUCUCCGACUCGCGUAGCGUAGUGCGGUCUCUUCCCAUCGAGGAAGAGGAGGAGGAGGAAGACGAGGCGCUCCACCCGAUGUUGCCGCGUCCUCACAUUGCCGUCGACCUCCACAAGUUCACCGCUCCGACCAUCUACGGCGGCGACUUUCAACACGCCGCCGACGCCUUGAUCUUCGGCGGCAGGUCUUCGCUUCCUUUCGAUGUCCAGCAACGUGGUUUCUGUCAAAUUCUGUAUCACCAAACGAUGGACCUGUUCAAAGCGAACGACACUUGCCACGCCUUGAAUGCUCAUACCAGCACUGCCUUAACGCAUGUUAGUACUGCCCCGAAACAAAUUACCACCCCCGCCCGCUUCUUCUAUUCUCGAAAUCACUGCCGACUCCGCACAUCGACUCGGCCUCAUGGUCCUCCGUUAUUGUCAACUUCGCAAUCCAACACUCCACCAAUUCUCCACCGCCCUGAAGCUCCCCGAAGCCGAAAUUGUUCUGCUCCUCCACGUCCUACCUCCGAGACCAUCUUCGGCGCAGACGCAGCAGUUGGCGGAGCUUUAUCAGUACAGCACGGCGGGACAGGAAGGAAACCGAACAGGGCAUAUAGGAGUUUAGAAAAUACACUGCCUGGCGCACACAUCGACUUCAAACCUGGCAGAGACCUGCUGUCGCCCGGCGCACUGAGUGAGAUACGUCACUCGAGCCGGCUCGGGAGCAAAGACGGCGGAGGGUUCAUGGUCGUCGACACGGUCAUGCGACGGCUGCCACCAGGAACGUCGGACAUCGCGACCGGUCGCCAGAUUUUGAACCGACUGGCGGUUGGAAAGAGGCGGAUCAGGACCCCGACCCAACUCGCCGCCGGACGCCUCCUCCGCCAACCUGAAUUAAAGCACGCUACGGCUGUCAGGCAUUACGCUCGAGAUCUGCCCAGCAGCUUCGUCAUGACCUCUACUAUGUAG